CUUUCCCAAAACCCCUCUUUUUCCCAAAAAAAAAAAAAACCCCAACCUUGGUAAUUCAUCGUCUCUGCGUUUGUUGGGCAUCAAAUUCUUGAACCAAGCAACACAGAAAUCCGAAGUCGAUGGCCAAGGAAUUGCCUGAAGACUUGGUGACGCAGAUUCUGCUAUGGCUUCCGGUCGUCUCUCUAUUGCGAUUUAAGUGCGUCUCCAAAUCCUGUGGUGAAAUCAUACAACAAAAAGAGGUAUACAGCUUAUGUGCCGAUUCUUGGAGAAAAGUUGACGGGCCCCUGUGUUAUCUUCUUGGUUCUCAAGGUCCGAAGGCAUACAUCAAUGGGAUGACUUUUUGGGAGGCGAAGGAAUACAUCAAUGGGAUGACUUUUUGGGAGGCAAAUCAUGGUGAUGAUUUAUUUGUUUUGUCAUUUGAAAUGAGCGAUGAGGUUUUCGUAAAAACACCGCUGCCAGAUGAUAUUAGGUUGGAAUUUGCAGCUUUUUGGGGCAUUUUCGUGUUGAACGAAUCGAUUGCUAUGGUUGGUAUUGCCGGACUGAGCUUUGAUAUAUGGUUACUGCCUGAAGUUGGUGUUAAGAACUCUUGGAGUAAGCUUUUCACUAUUGGACCGCUUACAGAAAUUGGACGACCAUUAGGAUUUUGGAAGAAUGAAAUCAUCUUCUUGAAAAAAUUUGACGGGCAGACGAUCUUGUAUGACCUCUCAACCAAACAAAAGAUUAAUCUUCAAACUCGUCAUGGAGCAAUAUUCUCGUGGCAUAUGGUUAGGUGUAUGGUUAAUUACAUGGAGACCCUAGUUUCUGUCAAGGGAGGAAGAAAUGAAUUUGAAGAGCAGGAUAGUUGUUGACAAUGCUGGAGGGUCGGGUCGUCUUUCUAUGUGUUUGAAUUGCUGAGACAAUAUUUUCUGCUUAUUCUUAUUCUUGUCAAAUGAUGUCUUUCUCAAAUAUUUAUACUGUUUUGGAGCAAUAGUGAGAUAAUUUUAUGAUUGAAGUCCCCCAUAUGUUUAGUAUUUCUUA